AUGUCGGAAAAGUUACGAGAAAUGGUCGUCAGGCGAGGAAAUUCUGAAAUCACUAUCCGGAGACUACUUGCCAAACAUAAUCUUAGGAGAAAAGGACACAGCUCUGAUUCAGACCUUGAACUUGCCGUCUCUCGAGCAGUAAAUGAGACUGGAUCGACCUAUGGUCGUAAAAUGAUGACAGGCUACCUUUCAUCAGUUGGGGUACAUGCAGGGGAAGGCAGAAUUGGACGUGUUCUGCGAGCAGCCCAUGCCCCAUACCAUGAAGAGCGGUCUCAGGGUAUCCGUAACUUUAACCCAAUCCCAUAUAAUGCAGAGUAUAUGGGACACAAGUUACACAUGGACCAAAAUGAAAAAUUGGUCAUGUUUGGAGCAACUCAUGUGAUUGCUGUGGAUGGAUACAGCAAGAAAAUUGUUUCAAAUGCAACAAUGCCUGCAAAAAACAAUUUAGCCAUCUAUGAAGAGGUGUACAGACCUGCAGUUAUACAUUAUGGAAUGUGGGAUCAGCUUCGUGUGGAUUAUGGCAAAGAGUUUUACCUCUGCUUGUACAUGCAAGAGAGGCUGUCAGAAUAUAGGUACAACCAGCAAAGAGAGCCAUAUCUCCAAACCCAGUCAACAAGGAAUCACACAGUGGAAAGGAUGUGGCCAGAAAUCAACAACCGGGUAAAUUACCCACUAAAGGAAGCCCUGGUACAGCUACAAGAUCAGGAAGCAAUAGAUAUGGAGGACAACCUGGUGAGGUUCUGCACAUCCAAUCUGACCUGUCAGAUGUGCCAGAUUGGCAUUAACAGAUUUGUGAAUUCAUGGAAUGCUCACAGGAUUCCAGGAAAGGGGAUACCAAAUUACCUCACAGGGUCUGGAACACCAAGAAAAAUCACAAUAGAUCUUCUACCAGAUGCCACAGUAGCAGCUGACAUGUAUGACAGGGACAUGGGAUCAUCCCUUACCAGAAUAUCUUCAUUCGGAAGUGACCCCUUUCUGUCUGAGGUUGACAGAGUGAGAGCAGAACAGCACUUUGCACAAUAUUACCCACAUCUUUCAGUUGUUUUUGAUAGUGCUGUGAAUUACAACUAUGGUCCAUUCAAGGACGCUUUGAUCUGCCUAAUUGAUGUAACGAGGAGAUGUUCCUAAAUGUGCAUUAUAUAAUGAGAAAGCUGUGUUAAUGCAACUAUAAAUGUCAACUGUCCAUCUUACUACUAAUAAAAGAAAUUCCAUUCCAA